AUGUUGAUCCAAAAGAAGGGCAACACCGGGUCCUCGGCCCAGUUCAUGACCCGCAACCAGGCCCUGAAGAAGCUGCAGCUGAAGCUGGGCGAAUUCCGGCGCCUGUGCAUCCUCAAGGGCGUGCACCCACGGGAGCCACGGCGCAAGACCCAGGGCGCGCACAAGACCUACUACCACGCCAAGGACAUCGCCUUCCUCCUGCACGAGCCCCUGCUGGCCAAGAUGCGCGAGCUGCACGCGUACGAGAAGAAGCGCUACCCCUCCUUCGUGGACGCGCUGCGCGACCUGGACGACCCGCUGACCAUGGCCCACCUGUUCGCAGUGUUGCCCGCCGAGGGCGGCGCCGGCAUCCCCGCCCGCGUCGUGCGCGUCGCGCGCCAGCUGGCGCUGGAGUGGCAGGCCUGGGUGGUGCGUGCGCACGCCCUGCGCCGUGUCUUCGUCUCGGUCAAGGGCUUCUACCUGCAGGCCGAGGUGCAGGGCCAGGCGGUGACCUGGCUGGUGCCGCACAGCCUGUCCCAGGUGCUGCCGCAGGAUGUGGACUACCGCGUCAUGCUCACCUUCCUGGAGUUCUACCAGACCCUCCUACAGUUUGUGAACUUCCGGCUGUACCACCUGCUGGGCCUGCGCUACCCGCCCCUGCUGGACCCGGAGCUGGAGGAAGGCGCGGCGGAGCUGGAGGCGGUCAUGCGCGACCUGGCCUCCGCGGCGGGGCGGCGGCUGGAGGACACCCAUGCCGAGGCGGAGCCCGAGCGGCGCGAGGAGGCGGCCGCCGACGCGGCCGUGCAGCGCCGGCUGACGGAGCGCGUGCGCCAGCUUGAGGCGGAGGUGGCGGGCGGCGUGGGCGCGGGCGGUCUCGCCGCGCCGGCCAGCGAGGACGGCGGCGAGGCUGAGGGCGAGGUCGGGAGCGAGGGCGAGGAGUUUGACAUCGACUCUGGCGAGGAGGAGGAGGGGGCUGGCGACAAGGUGGCCGGGGACGGGGAGGAGGAGGAAGACGCCAGCGCCUCCGACCCGGAGAGCGAGGACCUUGAGGGAGGCAGCGAGAGCGGCGAGGAGGAGGAAGAGAGUGUGGACGAGGGCGACUCUGACGGGGGAGCCGACGCAGGAUCUGCAGACGAGGCCCUGGCCGGCUCCUAUGCCCCCGGCCUGCUGGUGGACCCCGACGACGAGGCGGCGGUGUGCGCCACGCUCUUCCGUGGCCUGGUCUUCUUCCUGGGGCGGGAGGUCCCGCGUGAGCUGCUCCUGCUCACCAUCCGGUCGGCGGGGGGCGAGGCCACCUGGGACGGGCCGGGGGCCACGAUGGCGGAGGGCGACGAGCGCAUCACUCACCAGGUCGUGGACCGCCCGCGCCAGGGCCACCGCCACCUCACCCGCGCCUACGUCCAGCCGCAGUGGGUGUGGGACUCGCUGAACGCGCGUGUGCACGCGCCGGUGGAGCGCUAG